AUGUUGCAACAUGUACGAAGCGCGUUAAUCGAGAAACUUGAGAAACAACGUGAACAUGAACCUUAUUGCAAAGUUCAAUGGUUAGACACAAGAAAAAUUGAAGUUAUUCCACAAAGAUAUAUUCAAUUAUUGCCAUCAGGAAUUGUUCAUAUAAAUGUAACUUACACUAUUCUUAUUGAUGGUUCUAGACGUUAUGGAACAGUUCUUGUGACAGGCACAAAAGAACAUUGCGAAUCAACUCAUCACAAAGAUCCCCAUCGUGGGUAUAAAAUUCAUGCAACACAUUCUCCUGUUAGAAAAGAUGCUAAUCAGCGUGUUGAUGAUAUGAUGCUAAUGAAAAUUGUUGGAAAAUUAAUGCAUUCAACUAGUUCCAAUGGUUCUCAUAAAGAUGAUGAUGUCCAUGAUGCAAAGUGUGCAUCAUGUAGAAUGAAACCAAUUCGUCAUGUUGAUCUAUAUCAUUGUUUAGAGUGUCCAUCAUCGUCAAACUAUGAUUUAUGUGGACGUUGUUUUGAGAAACGUCGUGAAACAGAACAUCAUUCUAGUGGUCAUGCUAUGGUCCAGUUUAAACUACCUAAUGAAUUCUUAGGUAUACCAGUUCAUAAUGUUAAUAAUGAAGUUACUUUAAAAAAGUUAAGACAAUUAAAUACCCUUCAAAAUGAACAUCAUAAAGGAAUCAAAUGUGAUGGCACUUGUCAACAAAAACAUUUUUAUGGUUUACGUUUUAAAUGUGAUGCAUGUCCUAAUUAUAAUCUAUGUGAAAAAUGUGCCAUUGAAAAACAUAUUUGUACAAAAUCACAUGAAAGAAAUCAUCCAAUGAUUUUAACAUCGAAUAGUUUUAUACCAAAAAUUGAUCCAUCAGAUAUUGAAUUUAAAGAAGUUUUAGGAAGAGGAGGGUAUGGAUAUGUGUGCAAAGCAAUUUGGCGAUCAAGGAAUCGUGAAGUUGCUUGUAAAGUAAUUGAAGUUUCUAGUACAUCAGCCAUCUCUCACACACUUGAACGAAGUUUCCAUCUUGAAUUAGCUGCUUACCGAGAAUUAUCAGGUUUAUAUAUUCUUCGAACAUUUGGUUAUGCCACUCGAGAGUUGCCUGCAAAUCAUAUUCGUGGCACAACAACACAAUUUAUGAUCUUAAUGGAACUGAUGGGACGUGGAAGUUUACAAGAUCUUCUUGAGAAUGAGCCACAUAAAGUAUCUUUAAGACAUAAAGUAACAAUGGCUCGUCAAAUUGCAUCAGGUAUGAAACGUAUUCAUCAGCAUGGAAUGGUACAUCGUGAUAUUCGACCUGAUAAUAUUCUUGUAAAUGAUGAUUAUGUUGCUAAAAUUGGUGAUAUGGGCCUUGCUCGAGUUAUUGAUCCUAAUGGUCAACAAACUCAAUUAGGAUGUUUACCAUUUAUGCCACCAGAAUUUUUUCAUGAACAAUCCGAAGGACAUAUUAAAUUUGACGAGAAAUUAGAUAUUUAUACAUAUGGUUUAACAUUAAAUCAGUUAUUUACAGAAACAAUGCAUGAUUUUCAUUUAAAUCGUUCCACAUCACGUAUAGUAAUCACGAAACCAAGUCCAGUUUUUUAUGAUGAAAUUAUUGUGAAAUGUUUAGAAACGGAUAGUAAACAGAGACCAACAGCAAUUGAAAUUGAAAAAACACUUGAAUUAUAUGAAGAAGCAUUUAGUGAAACAAGAUUUAGUGAUAGUUAUACUCGACUGAGUAUAAAAAAAAAAGAUAAAGUUUUUCUUGAAUUUUAUCGAAAAAAUAAGCAUCAUAUUCAACGAUUUGUUACAGAAUACUUUCCUCAACAAUUUAUUAAAUAA